AUGUGUGGAAUUUCUGCUUGUGUUUCGCUUGCACCAGUAAGCAACAAGUGCCACAAUGGUUGUACCCAUCAUGGAAGUGCCCCUUCCAACGCGGAAACCAAGUUGGACUCCCAAUUUAGUGGUACGGCGAAGAGACUUGCGACGCAGCUCAAAGCCUCUGUUGAUAUCAUCGCCCACCGUGGCCCUGAUGACUCGGACAUUUGGAUCAGUGACAACGAGCAAGUAGGGCUGGCUCAUUGUCGACUUUCCAUCAAUGACCUGUCCUCCGCGGGGCGACAGCCGCUCCAUGGAAGCGACAACCAAAUACAUGCCGUGGUAAACGGCGAAAUAUAUGACUAUGAUUCCAUUCGCCGAGAGUGCGAAACGGUUCACGGUUACGUUUUCCAGAGCGACAGCGACAGCGAGCUGGUUUUGGCGCUCUACAAGAUCUACGGCGCCCCGGGAUUCUUCACCCAUCUUCGGGGUGAAUUUGCAUUUGUCAUUUAUGAUAACCGUGAAAGUUCUCGGCACGUGAUCGCCGGACGCGACCGCUAUGGCAUCAAGCCAUUGGUGUAUACUCGCCUCGGGUCGACACUACUGGUUGCCUCCGAGGCCAAGGCAUUCUUGCCUAUGGGUUGGAAGCCGCGCUGGGAUGUGCGCGCAAUUUUCGACGCUGGCUGGAUGUUAGAUGACCGAACGCUGUUCCGCGGCGUUCGAAAGGUUCUGCCUGGACACUAUCUUGAUAUUACAGAGCAAGGUGGUGUGCAGCAGGUCAAGUAUUGGGAUGCUGAGUAUGAAGACAAGACCAAACCCGAAACUCGCUCCAUUGAUGAGAUGGUAAGUGGCGUUCGCGCGAGGCUAGUCGAAUCUAUCCGUCUUCGUCUGCGCGCUGACGUUCCUAUUGGCGUUUACCUCUCUGGUGGCAUCGACUCCUCUGCUAUUGCUGGUAUAGUCACUGAACUUUCACGCAAAGAACAUGUUAAGCUUGGAAACGCAGAGAAUUCUCGCGUCACCUGCUUCAGUGUGGCGUUUCCGGAGACAUCUGGGUAUGAUGAAUCACAUAUUGCCGAGCGCACAGCGGAGUGGCUUGGAGUAAAGACCAUCAAGAAGAUCAUCACGGAAGAUACAUUGGCUGAAGACUUUGAAGACGCCGUGUUCCACUGCGAGCAUCAUCACUACGAUCUUAAUUCUGUGGCCAAAUUCGCGCUCUCAACUCUCCCACAAGAACAUGGAAUCAAGGUCGUCCUGACCGGUGAAGGGUCUGACGAACAUUUUGCUGGCUACCCUUGCUUCCCUGUCGAAUUCCUUCGCGAGGCUGACGGAGCUUCCCCCGACUCUGAGUUGGCCAAAAACGGAGACCUUAGAGAAAACCUGUUCAAAUCUGCACAGCAAGAGAUGAAAGGAAUUUGGGAAAAAAUAGGUGGAACAGUCUUGGACAAUAUCCCCGUUCCUCAUUCAAGCGCAGGACCGGGAGCAUUCGACACGUGUGAUACUCUGCUGGCAUGGCAUCCGACUGCCUCUCUCUUCGCCCCCUGGCUCCAAAGCCGACAUGCGAAUUUCGAUUACCGCAUGACGGUCCUCAAUUCUCACUCGAGCGAUGUACAAGCAAAGAUGCGGUCAAUGUGGCACCCCUUACACACUUCCAUGUACAUGUGGAACAAGAACGUGCUCGCGAACGUUUUCUUAUCAUGUCUUGGCGAUCGCACGGAGAUGGCACAUAGUGUUGAAGCACGAACCCCAUUCCUCGAUCACCAUCUCACCGAGUACCUGAAUAGAUUACCGCCCAGCGUUAAACUGCACUACUCGGUCGAAAACGCAAGCAGUUGUGGUGAAUUGGGUCCUAUCUGGACCAAAUCCAGCCAAGCCUUGCAGUCAAUCAAUGAAAAAUGGAUCCUGCGUCAGGCGGUGCGUCCUUAUAUUACAGACGAGCUGUACAAACGGAAGAAGCACCCUUUCCUUGCGCCCACUAAAUGGCCCAAGGAUGGACCAUUGCACCGCAAAUUCAAGGGGUUAUUGACACAAGAGGCUGUCGAUGGGCUGGGCUUUGUUGACCCGGAGGCGAUUCAGAAAGCAAUGGAGAAUGCCUGGGGCCAGACAGCAGACCCGAGAGCAUUCCGAUUCUUACUUUAUUGUGGUUCUUGGGUGACCCUAAGCCAACGUAUGGGCGUGGCACGAGCGGAGGAAACUGAUUGGGAGAUAUAA